AUGUUUCAAUCACCUGAAUAUAGUAACACAUUGUCACUGAAGUUAUCUGAGGUAUUAGAGGAUGUUGGUAUCAAUGAAGAAAUAGUGAUGAAAAGAAGAAGGGCUUUUAUGCUUUUGGAGAAUAUGCAAACUGUGGUAAAGAGGUCACAAGAUGAUAACCUCACGGCAUAUUGUUUUGGGAGUCAAUCUGAAGGCACAACUACUAUAGGACUUAAUUCAGAUUUUGACAUACUGUGUUUGGAUCAUGAUUAUAAUGUAAUACAGGACUGGUCAGAGUGGAAACAGAAUAAAAUAAAUCUUCUUAUGAUACAGGAUGAGAAUGUAACACCUGGAUAUUGUUUUCUACAGGUACUUCGAUCUGAUGAGCCUCUCUUUGAGACAAACAUUAUUUGUGAAGAUUUCAUCAGAGAUAAUAAAGGGAGGAUAUUAUUGAAAAAUACAUUUUUGACUGGUAUAGAGCCAGGUACUGAGAGACACGGUCCAGCUAACGCUAGGCCCGAGAAUGAUGAAUACAAAGCCGUUGAUAUAGUUCAUGCGUUUCCCUGUAAUUCAUGGCAACAGUCAGCUUCACAUUUACAAGAAAGACAUAGCAAAGGGGGGUGGCCAACAUCUGAAAUGAUCAGAUAUGUUGUAAGUAAUGGUUGUUUUGUUGUUGGUGUUAGCAGUAAGAUUAGUACUUACCGGGAACUAGAAUGGAGAAUAUCGACAUCAUUAGGAGAAAGAUGCUUUAUGUUUAAUCUAAACCUAACACAAAUACAUUGUUAUGUUUUGAUGAAAAUUAUUUUGAAAUCUUUUCCAACAGCACAAAGAGAAAGUGUUUUGUCUAGUUUUAUGUAUAAAACUGUAGUUUUACACUGUAUACAAAAUACCGACCGAACAAUUUGGAGAAUUCUGUUCUCCUGCUUAACAUAUUGCUUGCUUGAACUGCAAAGCUAUAUCCAAAAUGAAAAUUGCCCGCAUUUUAUAAUUCCGGAAAACAACCUUAUGGCAGGAGAAUUUACUGCUGAAGAGAAGCUUGACAUUUUACGGAAUAUUAGUGAUAUAAUACAGAGUGAUGGUAGAUGUUUGCUUCGAAUAGGUAUUGAUGAUAUUGGUUAUAGACUACAGGUCAAACUUCAUACAGAUUAUGAAAUAUCACAUGUUUUGAACGUUCCUAGUAUUAUAAAUGAAUACCUUUCAAGUUGGUUAUUUAUCAGCAUAGCAACAAAUAUUAGCAGUAACACAACAACGCUUUUACAUUUCAUUUCAAAUGGUCGUAUAAUCAAUAUCAAACAAUGUUUCUUAAAUCUAGUAAACUAUAGUUUUCAUGGAAACAAACUAGAAAAGCUUGCAAGCCGUUAUCUGUUGCCGUUUCUUUAUUCUACCCUUGGAUCUAUGAUGGUGUCAUCAGAUAUUCAACAGAAUACUGCCGUUCAAUAUAACGCAUUACAGUGGCUAUCUCUAGGUCUAAACUCGGAUGUAACAUCCGGCAGACUUAAACUAGCGUCAGUUUUGUAUUGUCUCGGCUUUUUGGGUGAUGUGGAGUUCAUUCUAAAACAAACUGAAAAUCGAUACAACUGUGAUAUUGUUCGACCUUUAUGUUGUUGCUGCACUUAUUCAUCAGUGUCUGAUUAUUGGUCAUCAGAAUUAGACAGAAAAUGUUACGAACUAAACGAAGAUUCCAUCAAUCAGAUCACAUCUUUUUGUGUCAGAUUUCUGCAAAAGGAGGUCAACUGUGUUCCUCGAGAGUUACAAUAUGAAAUGAAGAGAUCUACGCAAGAUGACGUGCAACACAGCAGUGUUGAGGAAAAACAGUGGAUGAACUUUGCAGUGGUUGAUUCUCUCCCUUUUCUCUGCUUUUUACAGUACAAGACAUACGGACAUCUACAUAGAUACCAGGAUCAACAACGAGCACUUUGUAACCUUGUAAUUAGUUCCGUGUCUGGUAAAAGCCUUGGUCACAGGGAAACAGCUCUAAACCUUGUUGGUCAAUGUAUGGAACAGGAAAACAAAUCCAAGGAGUCAUUACAGUGUUUUAUGCUUUCUCUUCAAGUACGAAGGAGGAACAACGCCGCAAAUUUUCACAUUUGUAAUUUAAUAAGAAAAUAUGCUUCUCGCAUGUAG